UUUAUCUGUUUGACGGAGGGCGUUCACUGACAAUGUUUUUUUUCUUUGUACUCCUUUUUAUUUGGUCAAGUGGACGCUCGCACUUUUUCUCCAUUUCAGAUUAAAACACCAACCGAAGACUCUCAAAUAUCAGAUUCUCUUCGUAUUGAUCCAGCUCCAUCAAUUAUUGAGGAGGGUUCUUGCCUUUCUUCAAUCGUUUCUCCAGGAUGAUAUGAUAUGAUAGGACACCCGAAUGGUUGUUGUAACCUAUCAAACAGCUUAUGGUUGAGGAUUUAACCUGAUCUCAUACAAUAUAGUCUGGGUUUAAGAGUACGUUGUAGUAGAGGCCGUGGAUCGUAAUUUCACUGUGUGUGUGAAUUGGUCAAAUAGUCAGUUUGUUCCGAUUGUGGGAGUUGAAUGGCCAGUUAUGUAAAGUGCGUUACAGUUCUUUUUGUUGACUGCGUUGAUCGAGUUGUUGGAAGAUGAUAAGAGGUUUUGCUCUGAUCAAGCUUGCUUAGUUUGUGGUUUGUUUCUCUUGAGAGGGUUCCGGCUGGCCUUUGUUCGAUCGUCUGUCCAGGAUGAUAUGGUAGCUGCUUCAUUUUCAGUGUGUUCCUGUUUCGUCCUCUACUUGGGAAAUUAACGGGGAGCUCAAUAGACAUAUAUGAUGGGCACUGAAUUACCCUCCUCCUCAUUUGCCUCUUCUUCAAACACACAAUGGACAUAUGACGUUUUUCUCAGUUUCCGAGGUGAGGAUACUCGUAAGAGCUUUGCAGAUCAUCUAUAUGCUGCUCUAGACCAAGAAGGUAUUUUCGUCUUUAGGGAUGAUGAAGAGCUUCAUAGAGGACAACCCAUUUCAUCAAAUCUCCUGGAAGCAAUACAAGUUUCAAGAAUCGCGCUUGUUGUUAUCUCAAGAAACUAUGCUUCUUCGAAGUGGUGUUUGGAUGAACUCACUACAAUUGUUGAGUGCAUGGAGGAUAGAGGGCAGGUAGUGUUUCCAAUUUUCUAUGAUGUAGAUCCGCGCGAGGUGAGGAAACAGACUGGAUGGUUUCGACAAGUCUUUAUUGAACAUGAAAGGCGCUCUAAGGAUGACUUGGAGAAACACAAGGUGCAAAAGUGGAGAGCUGCUUUGACUCGAGUGGCCAAUCUAUCUGGAUUUCAUUUACAGGAUAGGUAUGAAUCAAAGUUUAUCCGAGAGAUUAUGGGAAAGAUAGUAAAUGAGUUGAGAGGUACAGUCCAACAGCCUCAUUCGGAUGAUCUUGGACUUGUGGGAAUUGACUUUGCUGUUGAGGAAAUAAUGAAGUAUUCAGCUACAGAUCAAGGGAAUGAUGUUGUCUUUAUAGGUAUAUGGGGAAUGGGUGGGGUUGGCAAGACAACUCUUGCACAAGCUUUUUAUGAUAAAAUCUCUGAUCAGUUUCAAGAUAAAUGCUUUCUGAGAAAUGUUAGAGAGAUUUCUAGACGAGACGGUAUUGUUGCAUUAACAAAAGAUCUCCUUCGCAAUGUCUUAAAAAAGAUGGAUGUGCAUGACAGUGAGGUGAGGCAUAGAUUUCGUCGUAAAAAGGUUCUCAUCAUUCUUGAUGAUGUAGAUAAGUUAGAACAAUUGCAAGCAUUAGCUGGAAGCAACAAUUGGUUUGGUCGAGGGAGUAGGAUCAUUAUAACAACCAGGGACAGUCAAUUGUUGAUUGCUCAUCAUGUGGAUAGAUGUUACAAGGUCAAGGAAUUGAAAAGUGAUGAUGCCCUUAAGCUUUUCAGUUGGAAAGCCUUCAAGAAUGAUCAUCCCCCAAAAGAUUAUAUGGAGUUAUCCCAUAGCUUUGUAAAUUAUAGUAAGGGCCUUCCCUUAGCUAUUGAAGUUUUGGGUUCUUUCUUGUGUGGUCACAGCCUUCACGAAUGGGGAAGUGCCUUUAGUAGAAUACAAGAACAUCUUGACAAAGAUAUCAUGUCUGCACUUAGAAUCAGUUUUGAUGGAUUGCAUGAGAAGGAGCAGCAAAUAUUUUUAGAUAUUGCAUGUUUCUUCAAAGGACAGGAGAGAGAUGAGGUGACAAUAUUGUUGGAGGGUUUUGGUUUUGACCCAAUCAUUGGUAUAAGUAAUCUCAUUCGAAAAUCCCUCAUCAGUAUGGUAGGGAGUAAAUUGUGGAUGCAUGAUUUGCUUCAGGAAAUGGGUUGGGAACUUGUUCGUGGGGAAUCUCUCAAUGAACCUGGGAAUCGUAGUAGAUUAUGGCAACCCGAUGAUGUGCUUGAUUUACUGAAGUAUCAUAAGGGAUCAGAUGCAGUUCAAGGGAUAGUCCUUACCUUGCCUCAAGAACAGAAGGAGCAAUUGAAAUGUGAUGCCUUGUCAAACAUGAAAAAAUUGAGAUUUCUUAAAAUGUCUAAUGUGCUCCUUCCGUUGGGCCUCAAUUAUCUAUCUACUGAGUUAAGAGUUCUCGAAUGGCAUGGAUAUCCUUCAAAGUUGUUGCCAACAGAUUUCCCAUCGGAGAAGCUUGUUCAACUCAACCUGUUUGGCAGCCAUAUCAAACAUCUAUGGAAGGGAUUCAAGUGUUUAGAUAUGUUAAAAUCAAUUGAUUUGAUGGACUCUGAAAAUUUGAUUGAGACACCAGACUUCACGGGUGUCCCAAAUCUUGAGAGGCUGAAUCUUGAAGGUUGCACAAAAUUAUCUAAGGUUCAUCCAUCCAUUAGCAAUCUCAUACACCUUAGAUUAUUGAAUAUGAAAAACUGUGAAAGGCUUCAGAUCACUUCAUGGGACAUCAGUUUGAAAUCUCUCGAAAUUUUCAAUCUUUCGGGCUGUGCACGACUCAAGAGAUUUCCAGAGAUUGUGGGAGAUAUGAAAUGCUUGUCUAAAAUUUAUUUAGAUGGGAGUGCUAUAGAGGAACUACCAGUGUCAAUUGAACAUCUGACUGGUCUUACAUUGUUGGAUAUGGCUCAUUGCAAAAAUAUUUUGAGAAUUCCUAGUGUCAUUUCAAGUUUGCCAAGGCUUAAAACAAUCAUUCUGUCAGGCUGCUCUAAUCUUAUUGAAAUUCCCGAGAACAUUGGGAAUGUGGAAUGUCUUGAAGAGUUGGAUAUAAGUGGAACUGCUAUAAGGCAAAUGCCAUCAUCCAUUGUGUACCUCAGAAACCUCAAAAAGUUAUCCUGCUCCUGGUGCAGUGGUCAAGUUUCUACAUCACUGCUCUUUCCCUGUCUUCCAGAAGUAUGCCCUGGACCGAACUUCUUGUUACCUGCUUCAUUGUCUGGUUUUAGCUCUUUAAUGUCAUUGAAUUUAAGUUACUGCAAUCUGAUUGAUGGUGCCCUCCCUAAUGAUUUGGACCGCAUGUCAUCAUUGAUGGAGUUGAAGUUACGGGGAAACAAUUUUACAAGCAUACCUGAAAGUAUUUGCCGACUUUCUAAGCUCAUAAAACUUGAGUUGGAUGGUUGUAUCCGGUUGCAGUCAUUGCCAAAGCUUCCAUCGAGUAUAAAGUUGGUUGGGGCAGCUGGUUGCAUGUCACUUAAAAGUGAUUCUGAUCAGUAUGAUGUAUUUUAUUCAAGUGAAAAAACUGUUUGGAUUAAUAAGCUCACAACAUCAACCAUAUGUUCCAUUAAUAUUAGGAAUUCACAAUUUGCAGCAUGGCUGAACAUAUAUCAUGAGGUUAAUGAGGUACAGGUUGAUAUAAGUCUACCGGUGAGAACGGCAUAUGGUUUAUCAAUUGGAACUCAUGGAAUACCAAAUUGGUUCAACAAUUGGAGCAGAAACUUUUCUAUAACAAUCCCGCUUCGAAAGGGCCUAAUUUAUAACAGUAGGCUAUGGAGAGGAUGUGCCUUCUAUGUUGGUUUGGAAGUUGAUGAGAAUUUUGAUACCAGUUCUGAUUUCAAAGUGAUGCACAAGUUUGACUGUUGUUUUGAUACCAUGGAAGGUCCCGGUUACAAACAAACUCUAUACCACGAGGUAAAUGCUAAAGGUUUCCAAUUGACUGGGUCACUUGGAUAUUGGAUAAUAAUACCGCAUCUGUGGUUUUCAGCAAGGUUGAAUGCCUUCAAUCAGUGCAGUAGCAUCCAGGCUAACACUACAAUUGAUAGCCCAUACGUCGAGGCUAAAAUGAGUGGUGCCCGUCUACUCUACGAAAAAAGAGAUUAUAUAGAGUUUAUCCAUGCAAUAAAAAAUGCGACUCGUACUUCAAGAUUUAUGCAGAAUAACAGUUCCUCUGUAAGUUUGUUGGCUGAGGAUGGUAGCUGCAAAAUUGACUCGAGCAUUUCGUUGAGAGAACAUCUUAGCUCGCUGCCUUCAGAUUUAAAAUGCUAUGAGGGGGUAAAUUUUGCGGCAUCCAAGUUCUACCUUAUUAAAGGCAGAGUCUUUCAUCGCCAGACCUCGUCUCUGUUAGGAGAAAUCCUUCAGAAAUAUUCUGGUCAGCACUCGGUGUUUUAUAGAGGAACUUUUCCUCAAUAUGGAAUUCCAGAAUGGUUCUGCAGUGUGAACAGUUCCUCGGCAGCCUUCCCGCUAAAUCCUAUGAAUGUGUGGAAUGGAAUAGCUGCAUGUGCUGUUUUCACAGUCCUUGACAAUUUGGAUGCUGAAAAGCCUGACAUAGGCUGUAGAUUGGGAACUGGCUAUCAGGGUUUCGCAAUAAGUGGACGCAUCAGUGAAUCUCUUAUUAGUUUGAAGGUUCGUGGUUUCGUGGGUAUGUUUUAUGCAUCACGUGGGUCACUUUCACAUCUUGUGUCAAAUGAUUACACUUCCAUCAUCAAAGCCAAGUUUUAUAGUAACAGCAAGAACAUAAGGGUGCAGAGUUGUGGGUAUCAAAUUGUAUCCCAUGAAAAUAUGGAAGAAUUUAUGGAAACAGUGCUGCAAUGUUCAGUCACAUCUCAGACUUUUCAGUUGUCAAAAGAUACGAGUAGAGAAGAAACACCGAAAGAAAAGGAGAACUCCCUCUACUCAAAUAGAAACGGAGAAAAGAUACAAGUAGAGAAGAAGAAAAGGAGCGCUCUCUCUAACCACAUAGAAAAGGAGAAAAGGAAAUCUUCCUGCAGAUCGAUCUGUUGCUUCCUGUGUAAACUCGGUGUCAUUUUUUGGGUAUUCUUAGUUGUUGUUUGUGGGCUUUACUUGAUGGGCUUGGCCCAUGUUGGUUUCCCUUUGUGGAAGACAGUGGGAGCUGCAUGUGGAAGGUUAAUUGUACAUAUGUAGGACAUAUGUAUAUAUGUCUUUGAAAAGGGCAGCCGUCAUGGAUGAUUAGAAGACGAGAAACAAAUUGAAAACCAUCCCAGAAUACUCAUAGAGCCUUCCUCUACUUGUUGGUGACAUAGCUACUCCAUAGUUGAAGCUUCUUCUCUAUUUGAAUCAAGAGAGAGUUAUUCAUGGUUGCUCUCUUUUAGCAAGGGUAUCAAUACAUCGGUUAACAAUAUAACAAGGUUGCGUUUUUUUUUGAGUUCUUGAAUUGAUAAACCAUAGUUACUCAAGUGAAUAACAAAAUUUUGUUGUAAAGAACCAAUUUUAUCCACACAUUUAUCAUAAGCCAUAGUAUCAAUAUCGCAAUCCUAACAAAGUCAUUUUAUUUGUUAGGGUAUGUAUUCAUUGAAAAUAUUAUCAAUAUCGAAAGAUUGAAAAAUUUCA